AUGUCAGUUAGCAGUGCAAUCAACGAAGAUGUAGUUUAUUCUGCAGCAUACCUACUGUUAACGCCACAAGUGCAAGUGUAUAAGGACAUCAUGGAGAAACAUACAAAAAGAGGUAAAAGAACAAUUCUACCAGACUUUGAUUGGACGAUCGCUCAGUUCCCGGCAGUCGAUGUUGAUAGGAGUGUGAGCGGCACCCUGUCUGUCAACAGUGUCAGGCUAACCAUCGCAGUUGAAGCCGCAAGGAGAACCUCGCUAAUGCGGGAGGAGGACCGGAAGCUGAGACUGGAGAAGUGGUGCGAGCAACAGUGCCGCAGUAGAGUGCGUCACGCGAAUAUUGAUCUACGAUUGUCGAGCCUUUGGCUGGGAAAAGGAUACCUUGGAGCGGAUAUUGUCACGGAUUUUGUCGGACGGCGGGGAGAAUCAAGUUCUCGUCAAAGGAUAUCCAAUGUUCUUGGGUGGAGCCUGCCGAUCCUGCGGCGAGGCAGAGAGCUGAAUGCCAGUAGUGUGGGGAUAUUAUUGGCGGCGAGAGUUGUUCUCGACGAAAUCCAAGAAAAGAAGAAUGCAAUGAUGGCCAUGGAAGCAGCAAGGUGUUACCAGAACACGUACUUCCAGAGUGCGGCUUGUCAUCCACCAAGGCUCAUCCAAAAGUAUACGCAUGGAAGUCCUCGGAAUGAUGAUAAGCUUAUCAAGUUCCCCGAAGAAAUCUCAACGGUUCUAAAAGACGUCCGACAUUGGAAAUUGGAUCGUGUUAUCCUAUCGCUGGUUUUUGUGAUGAGAAAGAAGUGCCAAAGGAUUGGUCGCUUUUAUUUGCCGGAAUUGGACGUCAAUGACGUCACUGUUACCGAGGAAUUUUAUCGGCCAAUAUGCAUGUUGUUCGUUCCGUUCCGGGACGAGUCGAAAAAACUCACCGGCAACGGAAUGGGCAGCUAUGCAACUCUGUUUAACCAGUACAAGAGAAUCGUACAGCGGAGGUCACCGAGAGCCUACGCAGAAAUGAUGGCACUUCUUGACGGAUAUCAAGAGCAGAGAGUAGAAACGAGGGAGGGGUUUGAAGCAUAUCACAAGCGGAAGGCUAUACGUGAGGAGAUCGACAUGGUGAUCGACGACGAUGUCGAUCUUGAAGUGCAAUCGCGUUUGGUCAACAGUUCGGAGCAUGCCGAAGAUGUGAAGAAGUUGAAUGAUGUGCAGAGGCAGAUUUUCGACAACGCUAUCAGACAAAUCGACGGCCAAGAGCGCGGAGUUGAGGAACCAAUUCGAUAGUUGGCAGCAGCGAACAUCAAAGGCUGCACGUUGCACAGCGCGCUUGCGCUCGAGGUUCAACGUGGGCGAACGCAAGCGUUCAAUGAGUUGCGCGAUGAGCUUCGCGACAAAAAGAAAUUUCAAUUCUCCAGUGUGAAGCUCAUCAUUAUUGAUGAGAUAAGCAUGGUGAGCAAUGUAACACUUGCGAAGGUUCACUCGCGCCUAGUUGAAAUAAGUGACAAAGAAGCAUUAUUCGGAGGCUUCAAUAUUGUCGCGUUUGGGGACCUAUGUCAAUUUCCACCGGUCCGUGCACCGCAUGUGUUUGUGCCGAUGAUGCCGCUUGAAAUUUAUCGAGUGUUUCGAAGCUCGUCGGAGUUUGCCGUCAACCUAUGGCAACAAUUUUCGUAUGAGGAGUUGACGGAGAACAUGCGGCAACGAGAAGAUUUGGAGCUUUCGAAUUUAAUGAGUGAGAAUGGAAAAACGAGUGAGGCAACUGUUCUAUGUUUAAGAUCGUUUGAGGCGCUCACUGAUGAUGAUGUACGAGCGCUAGAGAGUCGAGUAAUUGAUAAGGAUGAUGUAGCGUCGGAGUUCGUUCGAAUGCUCAGCGUAUCACCGCAGACAAUGGCGAUGUUUUCCACAAACGAAGAAGUUGACGCCUUCAACGAUGUGAUUUUGGAAACGUUGGGAAUCGAAGUGAAAAUGAUAAAGUGUUCCGAUUCUCAAAUCAGCGUCUCGUUACGAAAAUCUCGUAUGAGCCGACGCCCGUAUCAUUCGAAAGAGUUCGCGAUCAUUGAACGUUUGCCACGGAAGGCGUCGAACAUGGUGACAGAUAACGAUGAUCGUGUGCCGCUGAUAGCAGGUGGAUUGCCGUAUUCAAUUAAAAUUGCAAUUAAUUCCCGUGUUAUGCUGCGGCGAAACAUUAACGUGUCGAAGGGCUGGGUGAAUGGUGCCAUCGGUUUCGUCGAGGGUAUUCACUGCGAUUCGGUCGGCGAGGUCGCCAUUAUUGAUGUCAGAUUUGAUGCGACGCGCGAAGAAGGCGCCAUGGGCAUCAACGGGGACGCUGUGGAAAAAUUGGUGAAGGCGCAACUUCAUGUUUAUUGCAACAAAUGUGGAAAAGAAGCAGUGGACAUCGUGCGACUCACUGUUGGAACAUACGUAUUCGUUCUCAUCGACGAAGACAUCAGCGACGAUCUCGACGUCGUGCCAAUCAACAUAAUGUCUGAUAUGAAAGCGAUCGGAACCCACCUCGUGUACAAGGGGGCCAUUGUCAGCAACGAGACUGGAUCCUUCGUCACCACCAGCCGCCGACAUGCCGGAUGGACGCUACUUGUGGCAUUCGAUGCCGUAUUGUUACGGCAAUCGGUCCAAUUGUAA